AUGGUAGGAACCGAGGGGGCGGGCGGCACAGCCGUCGGGUCAGUCUCGGCGGCGGCGGCGCCGAGGGGGAAACCCGGCGGAGGGCAAGGCGGCGCAGCUCCGCGGCGGCGAGCCCUCCCUCCCGGCUUCGGGGCAGCCCACGCCGGGGGCACCGAGGGAGCGGCGCUGCGGGCUGGGUCCGCGCCCGCGACGGCUGCCGUGGGGCGCUUCGCUGCGGAGGCUGCUUGCCUCGGAAGAGACCCCGGGGAAGCGGCCGGGCAGCGUCUCUUUCGGGAGCUUCUUUCGUAAUCUGGGCGCAGCCGGGAGUUUGCGCGGCUCUCCGCGGCCCCAGAAUGGGGCUUCGCCGGAGCCAGGACCGCCUGUUGCUGCCUCCAGAAGCAUUUGUUUGCCCCUUCUAGACAGAGUCGUUUGGAGGUACAGUGGUACCUCGGGUUACAGACUCCGCUAACACAGAAAUAGUACCUCGGGUUAAGAACUUUGCUUCAGGAUGAGAACAGAAAUCGUGCUCCGGUGGCGCGGCAGCAGCGGGAGGCCCCAUUAGCUGAAGUGGUGCUUCAGGUUAAGAACAGUUUCAGGUUAAGAACGGACCUCCGGAACGAAUUAAGUUCUUAACCCGAGGUACCACUGUAGUUGCGCCCUGGCGCCAGUAGGGGGCGGAGGCGGCGGGUUGGACUUCUGCCUUACAGCGCAAUUCUAACCACCUCUACUCAGAAGGAAGCCCUGUUGAAUCCAAUGGGGCUUACUCCGAAGUAAGGGCGGGGGUUAAGAUUGCAGCUCGGUUGCCUCACCUCAGAAAGGAUAUUUCAAGGUUGGAAAAGGCUCAGAAAAGGACAGCCGAAGUUAUUGGGAGUGUGAGGGUGUGGAGCGACACCCCUGUGAGAAAAGGUUGCCGCGUUUGAGGCUUUUUAGUUUGGAGGGAAGGCGAGAAAGAGGCGACGUGAUAGAAGUUUGUAAAAUUAUGCAGGAUGUGGGAAAAGUGGGAAAAGAAAGGUGUUUUUUCCUUCCUCUAUACCAGAACUCGUAAACAUCCAACGAAGCAAAAUGUUGGAAGAUUCAGGACAGAUAGAAGGAGGCGGUGGGGCCACCAGACGAGAUGGCUUCAAAAUUAGACAAAUUCAUGGAGAAGAAGGUGAUGGCUGCUGGCCAGAGUUGGAGGCAGCCGUGCUUCUGAAUCCCAGUUGCUGGAAACCACAGGAGGGGAGAACUGCUCUUGGGCUCAAAUCCUCUUGUGGGUUUCCCAUGGGGGUCAUUCCAUAUCAAGUGAUCCAACUUUUUUACCUCAUGUCAUCCAAUUUUCUUAAUAUUCUGUACACUUGUUGAAUGAUUAAAACUAAUUUUAAAUCUAAAACUUUAAUUUUUUUAUCUCAUCCCAUUUUUGAGCUAUAAGGGUUUGAGAUUUUUAAAAAAUGACAAUUUGGCCUCGCCAAAACCUAAAAAACCCUUAAAUGCUCAGCCCAGAAUGUCAAAACUAAAAACACCAAUCUAUUCAAAACUUCAUGGGCUUUAAUAUGAUAUGUCACAUGAUGGCCUUACUUUAAAUUUUAAAAUUCAGUUACAAGAUUUAAAAUUUAAAAAAUUAAUAUGAUUUAUAAUUUCCAAAAAAUAUUGAUUAUUUAAUAUUUCUAAGAGCUACCUGCAGAAUUUCAUCAUGGGAUCACAUUUUAAAAAUAUUUUGUGCAUUAUUGGGUUCUAUUUAGGAUAAAUUGGUCUUCUUGGAGUAAAAUAUAACAGAAUAAACGAGACUUCACACUAUAAUAUCAGUUACUUCAGGCAUUCCUUUAGAAAGUUAUUCAGUUAAAAGGUAUCUGAACAGCUAGGGUUUUCUUUUUAAAAUGUGUUCCAAAUCUGAAUGAUAGCUUGCUAUUGCAUUAUAGAAUUAACACUUUGACAGAAUUCUUCUUAGUAAUUCACUUCAUGAACAUUGCAACAAAAUGCAUAUCAAACAAAAUUAUGAAAAAAGCCUUACACAUGAGAAAUGGGUCUGAAAACAUUGAUCCUUCCAUUAUUUAUACUUUACACCAAACACUUUUCAAGAGCAUUUGUUGCAUAUGUUUCAUUUUUUGUCAAAGUGUGCUCAUUAAGUACUACCUUAAGUACAUGGGAAAGUAGAUGGGAAAGCAAAUGAUGAUAUUGGAGCCUGGCAAGUGUAAGAAGGUCGCGGUUGCUUCUUCACUUUCAUAGUCCACCAACAGCACAUAGGUCAACCGCAAUGCUUUAAUAUAUUCACAGGUCAUAUAGCCAGUUAUCUCAGCCAUAUUCAGAGAUUUUGUACCUCCUUCAGUGUCGAAAUUCUCUUUCAUUGCUAAAGCAGUACACCUUAGUCACAAUUUCUGUUGGACUGGGUGUAGAUGGAACAAAGCAAUGAAAUCCUUGUGUUCCCUUCAUCACUUUCACUCUUUCAAAGUGUCGUUUUAGGAAUAUUCUUCUUUUUUGUACUCCUCAUUUGUUAGCCGUACGCCCAGAAUUUCCCAGACAUACCCAUAAUACUGCAGUUGGAAGCAGUGUAGUAAAAAAUGUCCAGACAUAUGGCAAUCCAUGUCAGGAGUGUCGUUUUCCUUAAAAAAUAGUUUCAAAAUGUGGGGUGGGGCAUUUUUUGGUGUGGGCUCAACAGCUUUCUGAGCUGGAUUUUUAUUCUUGAAAUAUGGCAGCCCUUCAUUUGUUGAAAGUAAGAACAGGAUAGAACACUGGCGGAGGAAAGGGGGGGGAGGAGCAGCCCACCCCAGGUGCCCGGGGGCUGCACAGUGAGAGGGGCGCAACCGUGCCACACUGCUCUUCCUCCCCCCUCGCCUUCCCACUCCCUCAUGCCUUUGCCCGCCCCCUGAACCCCCUCAGGCUCAGGCCCUUACUGCCACACUGGAGGCCGCAGGCCAAAUUAAGACUUCAGGACAGACAGAGUGAUGUAUAUACCGUAGCUGCGCCUGCUCCCCCACCCCCAGGCACCUGCCACCUGGCAGUUGUCUCCCUCUGCCUCUCCCUCUGCGCCAGGAGGGCCUGCUGCACAACAGACUGUUCUGCAUACUUCAGAGGACAGGCAGCUGAUGUUAUUUUCCCAGGGUGGCCAGUGAGCCACAUCCUUAUCUUCUCUACCCCUCACAGGCCACAUUUGAAAGGCGAGUGGGACUGCCCACCCGCCAGUCUCCUGACAUCAGGUGAUGGAGCACUUUGAAGUCCUGCUGAUUAUUGGGACUUUACAGCACCAAGCUGGGGUUGCAGAGAGCCCCGCACUUUGAAGCACCACCGAUCAGCUGAGCAGGGCUUUUUGCAAAGGGCUCUUUGCCAGUCUCUUCAAGAACUACCUGGUUUGAAGUGAGUGCCUGUCGGCUGGUGGGCACUGACUUUGCCUGCUUCAGGCGGCCUUACUGGGCAGGAAACAUUAAACCACUUUGAGAGCCUCACUGGGUGGAUAUUGAAAACAUGCUGCAGAUGUUUCCCUUCCUCUAAUGCUUCAUGAAGGUUUUCAGUUUUCAGAUGCAAGAUUUACCCACUUGACAGGAAGGAUGUGGGUUUUAGUUCCCUCUUCUACCGAGAGGUGCAAACGUAGUAUUUUUCUGUCUAAAGUUGACUCCACCUGUCUAAAGUUGAAGGGUUAGACUUCCCCCAGCUAAGUGCCAUCCAGUUGUUUUGGACCACAGAUCUGAUCAGUCUCAGCUGAUGGGAGCAUGGCCAUAGGGUGCUAUGGUUAACAGGAAAGAUAGUCUAGCACAUCUGGAGGGCACCAGCCUUGAGGCGUUGCUAUUGCUGUUCAGACAGGGAGCUGAGAGAGAGGGGCUUCUCCAAAGCUGCCAGGGCUGUGGGCUCACAUGACUGACUUGGCCUGCUUUUCCUCUGUUGACUUCAAGAGAUCAGAACUUUUUUCAGCUGCCUUCCUCCCCAGGAAAGACAACAGGCUGCUUGAGUAUUCUCAGUCUUGGUCUGCUGUGACUCUGCUGUUAGAGAUGAGAUAUGUGCUCUGUCAACUGGUCAUUCCUUCACAGAGUUCUGACACUGUGGCCUUCCUCAAUCAAUUAGUCUCACAGUAAACAAUAGGAGCUUGGCAGGAGGGAAUAAACAUCCCCGGCUGCAGACUAGUCCCUGCUGCGCACAGGAAGCCCAACACUUGGAAGGAGGAGGUACCUUCCUUUCCCAGCAUGUAGGGUGGCUCUUCUUAAUGGCUUUCCUCUCCUGCUAGCAAAGUGCCUGGUUUGUUGCAUCACAAUGGAAGAGCCACCUUCAGAACAAGGGCCCUGGUGCCUUUUUUGCUGGCAACAGAAAGAAAGAUUCCUGCAGCAAUUAUUGUGCAUAUGUGUGUGCUUAUUUCUAAGUAUGAGAUGCACGCCUAAGAAUCUGUAGCAUUAAACAAAAGAAACCAGAUGAGGCCUAAAACCACUGGUUUGCAGCAUUGAUAAGGCCACCCCAAAACAUGAUGAGCGGAAGAGCUGCUGCAAGUCAGUGUUGGUAUAAUGCAGUUGGUAUAAUGCAGCGCCAUGUGUUCCCCAACCUUGUGCCCCCCAGAUGUUUUGGAGUACAACUCUCAUCGGGCCCAACGCAUGGCUGGAGGGCACUAGGCCUGGAGGACGCUGCUGCUAGAUUUCUCUCCUCAUUAGGUCUGGGCUUAGAAGUGCCUGCUGUGAGAGGAGAGGCAACAGUGAGGAAGGGGAGCAGCUGGCAGCCAGUGUGAAAGAAUAAUGCACAGAUGCUCAGAUGGAGGAGUGUGUGCAUGUGUGCAUGCCGGUGCAUCGGUGUAUUUCCACACAGCCUCUCAGCAGAUGGUCCCAGUAAGCAAAGUGUGGGGCGGAGCUGUGGGGAGGCAAGGUUCAAUAACUUUUUGGAACACGUUCCUAGUAAGAGAGCCAGCAAACCUCUCCUUCCGUGAGAUGGUGGAGCUCCUCAGGGUUUGCUCCAGUUUGCUCUCAUGCUUGUACAGUGGUGCCUCACAAGACGAAAUUAAUUCGUUCUGCGAGUUUUUUCGUCUUGCGGAUUUUUCGUCUUGCGAAGCACGGUUUCCCAAAGUCUUCAAAAUCACCAAAGUCUUCAAAAACCUCAAAAAAGGCUACCACACCGCGUGCUAUGAGUUGCUCCUUGAAGUCACCCUGGGUAUUAAUGGUUUUAAGAAAAAGGAAACAAACUUGCAAGACAUUUUCGUUUUUCGUCUUGCGAAGCAAGCCCAUAGGGAAAUUCGUCUUGCGAAGCAACUCAAAAAACGAAAAACUGUUUCGUCUUGUGAGCUUUUCGUCUUGCGAGGCAUUCGUCUUGUGAGGUACCACUGUAGUGGAACAGCUAAUCCUGCCCUUCUGCUUUGGGAUCUCAUCUGUCAAAAGGCCACAACCUUCUGUGAUGAAGGCACAGGAGGCACUUGAUAGUGGGCCAAGCCUCUGAGAAAGCAUGUGGAGUGCUGUGUGAGGUCCCAACGAGGGUUUCUGUGUUUGCUUUCGCUUUCAUCUUCUGAAAUGUCUAUGGGGUGAAGAACACCACAGGAGCUCCUGCAGGUGGAUCAGGCCAAAGACCACCAUGUCCAGCAUCUUGUGACCUACAGAGGCCAACUACGUGACACUGGGAAGGUUAAUUUAAUGGACACUAUGAAGGUGUUGGCAAGUCUCAGAGAGGGAAAGGCAGCUGUGCGACUAUUACUCACGUAUUCAGGACACCCUCAGAUUCACCACACAUAGUGCCUCAUAUUUUUGUAUAAGACAGCUUUACUUGAAGUAUGAAUGGGUCAAGGUGUGGAACAUGUGUUUUACAAUUGUACAAAUAGUUUUACAGUGGUACCUCGGGUUAAGUACUUAAUUCGUUCCGGAGGUCCGUUCUUAACCUGAAACUGUUCUUAACCUGAAGCACCACUUUAGCUAAUGGUGCCUCCUGCUGCUGCUGCACCGCCGCUGCACAAUUUCUGUUCUCAUCCUGAAGCAAAGUUCUUAACCCGAGGUACUAUUUCUGGGUUAGCGGAGUCUGUAACCUGAAGCGUAUGUAACCUGAAGCGUAUGUAACCUGAGGUACCACUGUAUUCCUCUUAGUUUACUGAGUCUAUAGUGUUUGGUAUUUUAUCAUAUUUUUAUCUUAUUGUACACCGCUUUGGUAUGGUAUGCAAAAAUAUGCACAGAGAGAAUCAAAUAGAGACUGCAGAAUGGAACUCUCUAAGCAUUUUGAAAAAUGUCCUUCAAGAGAUUAUCUAGAUCAGGUAUCCUCAACCUCUUCAGACUCAAGACCCACUUUUAACCCAAACAUGCAUUUGGGGGGACCCAUUUCUUAAUCUUUUAACAUGUAUUUACAAGGUAGUAGUGCCGUUACAACCCACCACAGAUCAGGCCCACCAGCUGAAGACCAGUGAUUCUAGAUCUUGGGGGAUCAGUAUGAGCCACACUUUCAAAUCCAGUACAAUCACAUUUUACACUGGAGUUUGGUUCCAAGGGUUCCAUGUAUAUGCAAAAAUGCACAUACUCUUUGUACCAGCUCUGGAGGCCCCAGUUUGCUCUCUCUCGUUACAAGCCACUAGACUUUGUUUAAUUAUCCUUCCCUUCAAAGGUCAGGUUGUUAACUGGUCGUCUACACAUGUCGCAAGAAGGCAUUUGGCUGAGCUUCUGGGCGUAGAUCCUCUUUCCAUCGAUCUGAAAUCCGCUGUCCACAUUUACAGCAAGCCACACAUGCAGAGGAUACUGCUCACCUUUGAUUCCAAAAAGCUUCCAACUUAUAUGAUGUCCUUACGAAGCUACCUGACUAACUAUAGAAUUUUUAUCACAAGAGUUUUUAUCAACACUAAGAUUUGCCCUCUUAUUCCCUACUCUCCAGUUAAAAGGAAAGCAAUUAAAAAUGAGGGCAUUCCAUCUACUACGAGCUCUACCUCUCCACCCUCAGACUUAAUUAGUUGGACAGAGACCCCCAUGCCCCUCCUAUCAAAGGCUACUCAUCUUGAGAAUUCGAUGGAGCAGGAAUUACUUGUCUCCUUCUCCCAUCUGCCAAAAGCCGAACAAACAGAGAUAACGGACAGACUAGAUGAGUUAUUACUCUAUCUCCGCAACUUUGAAGAUCUAGCGCCCAUAAAAGAGGCAAAUAUUCCACCUAACUUGGAGCGAAAAAUGGGUCAUGAAUCUCCUCAGGUCACGGCAGAACACACACCUCUACUCUGCCCAUCUGAAAUCCACGCCGAAAUCUCUGUGGCGCCCUUAAUCACAUUACCGGAGACUCAACCAUCCAAUGGUUGCAUCUUCCACGACCCCGGAAAACCCUAGAUGCUAUUGAAGAGACAAAAUGACUCUCACCCCUACUACUAUCCUGGAACGUUGCGGGAUGGCAAGCGAAAACAAGGGACAAAGACGUUUUAACCUACGUAUCACAGUUCAAGAUCAUCCUGCUCCAAGAAACCUGGAUGCAAAAUCCUUUCGAACUACACAAUUACUUUGCUUUCCAUUCCCCUGCCACAAUCGGCCCAAAAGGCGGAAGACCGGCGGGAGGUUUGAGCACCUUCGUAUCGACAGAUCUAGGAGCCUCCCUAUCCAAUUGAAAAUCGAUAAAAAUGGAUUUUUGCCGUUAAAAUAUUCUCCACCCAUUUUAAGAUUAUAUGCAUCAAUGUCUAUAUUCACCCACUUAUGAAACAAACUGAUCUUAAAAACAUCUGGAACGAACUGGAAGACUGCAUUCUCCUUGUCUCAAAUAAGUUUCCUCUGCCUCCUUAAUUAUUGGUGGGGAUUUUAAUGCAAGGCUAGGCCACUCAGACGAACAAUUAAUCAAGGAAAGUGGAAUGGGUCCCCUAAAUGCUAAUGAUGAAUAUUGGCCCCUAUUCAGGCGUCACUCACUUGACCCAGUCACCAAUUUUGCUGGUACAUGCCUUUUUUUAAUGGCACUUAGAUUAAACCUUGUUAUUUUAAACGGCCUCUCCUCGGGGACUGCCCUGGCCAAUUUACUUACUGGUCAGGCCUAAGGCAUUCUGUUAUUGACUACAUCCUUGUCUCCCAAGAACUUUUCGAUGAAUAUAUUGAAUUUACUGUAGAUACAAGAACCGAAAGUGACCAUUUACCCCUAAAUCUUAAAAGGACUGAAUUUUGGGAACCCUCUAGAUGUGGGCUUGCCCCGCAGACUCCUGAUCCUAGCGCGUACAACAAAUAGGUAGAUCCAGAAUUAAAUGGUCCCCUUAUGUUAAUAACCAUUUUGGUAUUUGGACACAAUCAAUGGAAGGUCAACUCCUCUGGGCUGAUCUGACUUCCAACGACACUGAAGAGACCUCCCCAAUCGACCAUUAUAACACAUUAAUCCGAAAACUCCAACCGUUAUUGUCAAGACCCAGAAGAUCUAACCAAAAUGACUCCCUACCAACAAAAAUGGUUUGACCACGAAUGCACUCAGGCAAAACUUAUACUCAGGGAAUGCUUUAAGGUCUUCCAGCAAAAUCCUAACCCUAUCACUAAAUUGGAGUUACAACUUAAAAAAAAGAACUACAAAGAGUUAUUAAAAACCAAAAAAGAACCGCAGACUCUCUCAUCUGGCAGGCCCUCAUAAAAGCGUCAAUAGAAAAAGACAAUUCUAACUUCUGGAAAAUCAUCUCCAGUCAAACCAAAGCUCCUAAUGAGGGCACAAUAAUCCCUGCAAAUUCAUGGGAAGAGCACUAUAAAGUGCUGUUUAGGGAACAUUGUCCUUCUGCGCCGCUUAACAUCCCCUUAGAUAAUGAUACACCAUGGCCCCCAACAUCUGAAACUGAAAUCGCUUCGCUAAUUCUACAAAUGAAAUCUGGCAAAGCCCCAGGAAGUGAUUUCAUUGUCGCUGAACUUUUGAAAGCGCAAAUAAACUGGUGGGCCCCGGUCCUUGCAAAUCUAUUUUCAUAUAUAGACAAGACAACUGAAAUCCCUAAAGAUUGGGGACUAGCUAUAAUUGUUCCCAUAUUUAAAAAGGGCAACCCCUCUGAUCCAUCUAAUUAUAGACCAAUUAGUCUCCUGAAUGUGAUCUGUAAACUUUAUACAAAACAUCUAUGCCUAAAAUUAUGGGAAUGGUUAGAUCAUAACAACUUGCUAGAAAUUGAACAAGCAGGGUUUACAUCCGGACGUUCCACCAUUGAUCACUGCUUAGUGUUAGAUUACUUUGUCUAUAAGUAUGCGAAAUAUUGGAAAAAGUCAUUAUAUGCGGCCUUUGUGGACCUAAAGGCAGCAUUUGAUUCUGUAUCUAGGAGCAGGCUCUGGGCCAAAUUGGCCAAUAUGGGUAUUAACAGAAGGUUAUUACUUCUGAUGAUUAAGCUUCAUGAGAACAAUACCCUCCAGAUAAGACUUGCACAGGACGGCAGACUCUCUAGAGAAAUCCCAGUCCAAAGAGGAGUUAGACAAGGAUGCCUAUUAGCCCCAUUCCUAUUUAACAUCUAUGUUAACUCCCUGGUCACAUGCUGCCGUGAAAUUGAAACCCACCCCCCUGUGUUCUCUAAUGGCAGAAAAGUACCAAUUUUAAUGUAUGCGGAUGACGCCGUUCUUCUCUCUCAAACCAAAGUGGGUCUGAAACGUGCCUUAGGAAAGUUUAGUGACCAAUGUAACACUGAACUGCUAACAAUUAACUUUGCCAAAACCAAAAUUGUACAUUUUAACCGCUCCUUCAGGAAGGAUAAUUGGAGCGUAAAGGGAAACGCCAUUGAACAGACUAAGACCUUCCAAUAUUUAGGCAUUACUUUCUCUUAUAAUGCCAAAUUCUCAGCACACUUGACCACAUCAGCUAUAUCAGCAGAAAGAAGUGCAAAUGCUAUCCUUAGAUUAUUCAGAAGGAAAGGAGCUGGCUUCCUCCCGAUGGCCCUAACAGUCUUUCAGGCAAAAUCUUUAGCCCAACUUCUAUAUGGCUCUCAAAUUAGCCCCUCUGCCAACCUUAAGACCCUUGAAACAGUACAAUCUAAAUUCUUAAGAUCAUUAUUUGCUACCCCUAAGUGUACACCUAAUGCAGUCUUAAGGCAAGAGGCAGGACUGCCCAGAGUGGAAUUAAAAGUCUGGGAACAAGCAAUAUCCCUCUGGCUGAAAAUCCAUUACAAUCCUAAGGGUCUAUUACCUUGCUUCCUGGCCGCAGUUCCCUAUCCUCCUUGGCUUAUGCAAAUAACUAACAAGAUCAAACAAAUUGGCCUAAACCCUGAAAAUAUUUUUAUUGGAACUCUGAACAAGGCAAAAGCUACUAUUACUCGGAGACUUUAUGAUAUCGAAUUACAACAAGAAGGCGCCCUACUCCCAGAGACGUAUAGAUGUUUAAAAGCUUGGCCUAAUUUUACAGCUGCCCCUUACUUAACCAACAUCACUAGCGAAGCCUAUAGAUGGGCUUUCUCUAGAGCCCGCUUUGAGACAAUGCCCUCAGCAGUGCUGUACGGCAAAUUCACGCGGGUUCCAAUGCAUGCGCGUCUCUGCCCUUGUAUGUCUAAUAAGGUAGAAUCUGUCACACACAUUCUUCUAUCUUGCGAAUUCUAUAGUGAAGAACGAGCUCAACUUAUUUUACCGCUUUUAUCAAAAUUUAUACCCCUUCAAUAUUAUUUGGAAUCCUCCCCUGAAAUUCUUCGAAAAUACCUCCUGGAAGAUUCCUCAAGCUCAGUAUCAUAUGAGGUGGCUAAAUUUUGCACUUUAGUAAUUAAGAAACGUAAAUCUCUUCUGUCGAAUGGCACACUGCGAAGUUCCCUUGUGUAACCUUUUUUCUUUUCUGAAGUUGUUGCUGAUUUCUUGUUGUCUGAUCUUGGGAUGUUUAGUGUCACUGGCUUUGGCCGCAAUAAACUUGAACUUGAAGUACUUAAUUCGUUCCGGAGGUCCGUUCUUAACCUGAAACUGUUCUUAACCUGAAGCACCACUUUAGCUAAUGGUGCCUCCUGCUGCUGCUGCACCGCCGCUGCACAAUUUCUGUUCUCAUCCUGAAGCAAAGUUCUUAACCCGAGGUACUAUUUCUGGGUUAGCGGAGUCUGUAACCUGAAGCGUAUGUAACCUGAAGCGUAUGUAACCUGAAGCGUAUGUAACCUGAGGUACCACUGUAUUCCUCUUAGUUUACUGAGUCUAUAGUGUUUGGUAUUUCAUCAUAUUUUUAUCUUAUUGUACACCGCUUUGGUAUGGUAUGCAAAAAUAUGCACAGAGAGAAUCAAAUAGAGACUGCAGAAUGGAACUCUCUAAGCAUUUUGAAAAAUGUCCUUCAAGAGAUUAUCUAGAUCAGGUAUCCUCAACCUCUUCAGACUCAAGACCCACUUUUAACCCAAACAUGCAUUUGGGGGGACCCAUUUCUUAAUCUUUUAACAUGUAUUUACAAGGUAGUAGUGCCGUUACAACCCACCACAGAUCAGGCCCACCAGCUGAAGACCAGUGAUUCUAGAUCUUGGGGGAUCAGUAUGAGCCACACUUUCAAAUCCAGUACAAUCACAUUUUACACUGGAGUUUGGUUCCAAGGGUUCCAUGUAUAUGCAAAAAUGCACAUACUCUUUGUACCAGCUCUGGAGGCCCCAGUUUGCUCUCUCAAGAUCUGGUGGGGCCAUCAUUAUCUCAGGGGAGCAUCCCAGACUCAGCCCACAGAGAGGGCUUGGAUGAUGGACUCAUCAACGACUUGGAUGAUGGACUCAAGGGCAUCCUGAUCAAAUUUGCAGAUGACACCAAACUGGGAGGGGUGGCUAACACCCCAGAGGACAGGAUCACACUUCAAAACGACCUUGACAGAUCAGAGAACUGGGCAAAAACAAGAUGAAUUUUAACAGUGAGAAAUGUAAAGUAUUGCACUUGGGCAAAAAAAAUGAGAGGCACAAAUACAAGAUGGGUGACACCUGGCUUGAGAGCAGUACAUGUGAAAAGGAUCUAGUGUAGCCUUAUGAGGCUUUGCCCUCGGGUGGGAAAAAUAUUGCGCCUGGGAAAGGGAAAAUGGGAGUCAACAGACACUCAAGGAAUAGUUUCGGAGAAAAGGCUUUUAUUUCUACCAUCCAUGAACUGGUAGAAGGAGCAAGUGUGAUAAGUCACAAAAAGCAUGCACGAGUUCACAAUCAUGUGCACAAGCAUAUAUACCCAUUCCAGAUCCGUCCCCCUUUCUCCUCCUUCCAGAGUCCUGCCCCAUGAGUUCCUCUGAGCAUGAACAGAAAGCUGUCUUGGGACUAUUGGGCUCUUGGCGCCCUUCCCAGGAAAAGGGGAACGAGAGUGGUUCAGCGUGUCCAGAGAUGUUGCAACUAGAAUGAGAUAAGAUUCAGUUUCUCAGGCCUGCUAUGAACAGAGCCUAUUCAUUAGCCUUUAAAAGUAACAUUUUGCCUAUGCACAGCAUCUUGUGAUAGAGCAGAGGAGAGCAGAGAAAAGCUGUUUUGGAUUUUUAGAAGACAAAAGGAGUUUUGGACAGUUUUGAGGCCUGGUGUGAUUAUUGAAGCCUGGGGUGAUUUCACAGACAGGAUUUGGGUAUCCUGUCCCUUCACUAGAAGUCUUGGUUGACCACAAACUUGACAUGAGCCAACAGUGUGACGCGGCAGCUAAAAAAGCCAAUGCAAUUCUGGGCCUCAUCAAUAGGAGUAUAGCAUCUAGAUCAAGGGAAGUAAUAAUGCCACUGUAUUCUGCUCUGGUCAGACCUCACCUGGAGUACUGUGUCCAGUUCUGGGCACCACAGUUCAAGAAGGACACUGACAAACUGGAACGUGUCCAGAGGAGGGCAACCAAAAUGGUCAAAGGCCUGGAAACGAUGCCUUAUGAGGAACGGCUAAGGGAGCUGGGCAUGUUUAGCCUGGAGAAGAGGAGGUUAAGGGGUGAUAUGAUAGCCAUGUUCAAAUAUAUAAAAGGAUGUCACAUAGAGGAGGGAGAAAGGUUGUUUUCUGCUGCUCCAGAGAAGCGGACACGGAGCAAUGGAUCCAAACUACAAGAAAGAAGAUUCCACCUAAACAUUAGGAAGAACUUCCUGACAGUAAGAGCUGUUCGACAGUGGAAUUUGCUGCCAAGGAGUGUGGUGGAGUCUCCUUCUUUGGAGGUCUUUAAGCAGAGGCUUGACAACCAUAUGUCAGGAGUGCUCUGAUGGUGUUUCCUGCUUGGCAGGGGGUUGGACUCGAUGGCCCUUGUGGUCUCUUCCAACUCUAUGAUUCUAUGAGUGCCUUGGAUCCCAAGCAAGGCUCUUUUUCCACUGGGAAGACCCAGCACAAAAGAGCUUUUGAGCUCUCGGCCUUUCUUGCAUUUAACUUGCGGGAUUUCAACCAGCGGCCUUCAGCUGCUUAUGGUUGAAUUAGAUGAGUAUAAGAUGCAAUUGUACUGUACGUGUCAUGGUGUACUUCAAAGCCAUGAGACCAGGUGAGUCUUUCUUAGCCACUAUCCUUGCACUUUUCUCUUCCUCCCCUCCUCAGAUGCAAAGGAUCUUGGGGAAAAGGCUCUCUUUCCUGAGCUCUCCUCCCAGUGACCUUCACCUUCCUUGGGAGUUCUCCCCAGCGUGACACAAGUCUGGUGUAGCAGAGGCUGGUUUGGGCCAGGAUCAUUGCCUCAGGCUCCUUUUCUGCCAGCCCCGGCUUUCCAAAGGAAACAGCAUUUGAAAAAGACCUUUAUGUUUCCUGUGGCUUUUGGCUUGGUUCCCUGAGUGGGUUCAGCCUUCCUCCACCCAUUGCAGCAGCAGGAAACAAGCUAUUUCAGGCAAUGGGUUGGUGUUUGCUUCUCAUUUCCUGUGGGGAACUCUAAUUACAACAGGAGAUGGGGAGACAUACUCCAAGAAUGACCAAGGCCAGGUCAACUGCCAAUUCUUCUGAACCUUUAUACUUUUGUAUUGCUGUCUUCAGCUUCCAGCCGUAGUUUGUGGGCCCAAGAGACUUCAGAAUGUAUUGCCUUCAGGGUGAACUCAGUUGCCAGGGAGCUCCAGUGCUGGCCAAAGGACUGCGGCCAUUUUUAGAGCACCCCACUUGGUUUAUAUGGAGCCCUUGUGAGCCUGAGAAUCUUGUUGGCGCAGCUCUCACGCAAACCCUUAUCUGACCUAGUUCAGCUGCACACGCAUUUCAACUGGUAUCUGUGAAUACAAGAUUGGCUGUAUUAUCCAAAAGUGAAAGGCAGAUCUGAGUGCAAAGACACCCCAGAGGUUUAUUCCCAGUCUGCCUUUUUCUGCCUGAACAUAGAAUUCAACACCUGAGGCCCUUUUCUGAGACCCAGAUGGCUACUCAGGUGAGUUGGGUGGUGAGGACCAGGGUGGGGAGCAGGCAGAGAGGCCCCUCGCUGUUGUGGUCCCUGCAGGCAGACUGGUUUUUCCAAGGAGGCUCAUCUGGUACUAAAUCUGAUGGCCUUAUGCCACCAGGCAGAGCAGACUUUCCGGCUCACCAACCAGCUGGUUUUAAGAUGCUGUUUUCACUUUGUGAUUUUUUAAAUAUUUGCUUUUCAUGUGUUUGUACAGCUCUGCUGCAAUUAUUUACCAUAAUUGCAUUUUUUAUGCUUAUUUUGUUUUAUAAUUUGGUCAGGUGUUGAAGAGCACAUACAUUUCAAAAUAAACAAAGCAAAAAUAUGCACUAAUGGGUUUAUUUCACUGGGUUUUGACCUCACAGGGGAGACAAGUCAGGGAUGCCAUUUAUUAGCACAUUUGUUUGUUCCUUUGUAAAGGGGGGGGGGGGCAAAAAGGUAAAAGAGGUGAAACUGAAGGAAAGGGAGGGGAAAUAAAAUAAUGUGUGGGUGAUGUAGCUCUUUUGCUAACAUGAUCCAGUGGAAUCUGUAGCUGAAGUAGAAUUGUUAAUAAAGAAAUGGGGCUUACUCACUGGUUAGAAAGUUAAUGGGUGAUAACCAGAGUUAGUCAUACUCAGAACACACUGAAAUUAAUGGGCUUAAAUUGACUCAUUAAUUUAUAUGGGUUUACUGUGAGUAAGACUUUGUAGGAUAUCACCCAGUAAUAUUGGACUAGAUGAUCCAUUGGGUCCCUUCCAGCUCUACAUUUCUAUGAUUCUUAGGGGAAGUCAGGAAUUUUAGGAAUUAAUAGGACAACAACAACAAUUUUUUAUUUAUGCCCCAGCCAUUCUGGGUGGCUUCCAACACAUAUAAAAACAGAAUAAAACAUCAAACAUUACCCUAAUAGUAACAAUCUGAUCCAUUAUAAAAAGUCACAAUAACUUUAAAAUAAACAACUUAUAUCAAAUAAAGCAAUAUUCAAUAAUCCAUUAGAAUUUAAUAGUAAACAGUAAAAUUAAACAUCAGCAAAUAAUAAUUAAACAGUUUACACUUAACAUUUACAAUAAAGCACUGCUAAUCUAUAAUCACUAAAAAUAAGUGCAAAUCACAGUGCAUAAAAUACCACAAAACCUACAGAACCAUAUAAAAGGGUUAAAUUGAGAGACAAGGACACAAACUUACAAAAUUAUUUCUAGGAAAUGCUCCCAGGGCUGGAAGGUGAGGGGAGGCAGGUGGAAAAGGCAUUGCCUAAUGACCAGCAGAAAGUCUCUCUCCCCUCACAGUUCUGGGCUGGUUGGCAGCAUUUGCACUGCCAAUCAUUCUCAAUGGCCCAGUAUUCCGCUCUCUUUGUUCCUUGCUAAAUAAUGACCCAUCUUCUCCUGAGCAUGGGAAACUGGCCGGCCUGCCUGCUGCUGCUGCUGCUGCUGCUGCUGCUGGAUUCAGCGUCUAGUAGCUUCCAUUAAUACACCAAGCAUUCAUUUUUUCCUAACAUUUACUAAAUCUAAGAAUUUAGGGGGAUCUGGCCCCCCACAAACUCAUGACACAUUUAUGGGGGAUCUAGCCGCCCCCGCUCCGCAAACUCAUAGCAUCAUAUAACAAAGAGAGCACAGAAAUUUCCAGCUCCUGGCAGACAGUCUCACACACCUGAGCUGGGCUGCUUAAAUAGGGUUGCCAUAUUUUAAGAGGAAGAAUCCAGACACAAAAGGUUGUUGAGGUUUUUUAGGGCAGUCGUCUGAUAGCCCCGUCCCUGCCGUUGAGCCCAAGCAGCCCCUGCCAGAGGACAGCAGAACCUCUACCAAAAAAAUAAUAAAAUAAAAUAAAAAUAAUUGAAGUACAAUUGUACAUUUCAUCAUAAAUGCAAACAUAAAUGCAAACAAAAACAACCAUCACAUUGCCUUCUCUCACUCCAAGAGGAGCCCAUCUUCCUCCUGGCUUUGAAAUGCAAUUACCAUAUUUUUCGCUCUAUAGCACGCACCCGACCAUAACACGCACAUAGUUUUUAGAGGAGGAAAACAAGAAAAAAAUAUUCUAAACGAAACAGCGGAUGUAUGAUUUUUGUGGUUCAUGCUGUGGCCACAGACAUGUGAUCUGACGGUGAGUUUGGGGUAGCCCAAUGCAAAAAUCCUGAGGAUCCAUGUGGAUCCAUGCUUUGUAACCACGUUUUUGCACCACUGCGGCCCCAGGCAACAGUGGGUGCGUGAUUUGGUUGGUGCAAGCUGUAGCCAUGGACAUGCUAUGUGAUCUGAUGGUGAAUUUGGGGUGACCCAGUGCAAAAAUCCUGAGGAUCCAUGUGGAUCCGUGCUUUGUAACCAUGUUUUAAGUGGGGAGGGAAGGAAAAGCACUCAAUGGACAAGGAACACGCGUGGGGUGGGUGGAGAAGGAUGCUGUUAAUAAUGCAGAAGAGGGUAUAAGAGGAGAAGGCUCCUCUCCCGCUUUGCUCCUUUAAAGCAAGCAGGCUCUCUGUCCCUCUCUCCUCCCCACUCAGUGGGUCUUCUCCCGCUUUGCUAUUUCAAAGCAAGCCACGGAGGAGGGAAGGAGGGGGAACCAUGGAUCCUCUGCUCACGACUGCAGCAGAUCCCUCCGCCAUCCGUAGGCAUUCGCUCCAUAACACGCACAGACAUUUCCCCUUACUUUCUAGGAGGAAAAAAGUGAGUGUUAUGGUGCAAAAAAUACGGUAAUCUGCCAGCAUUUAGGAGGCUGAACCCAUUGUCCAUCUUACCAUUCCUUUAUGUUGAUGAAAGCAUCAUAAAAAGUGGGAAAACAAGUUUGGGGACGGCUCUGGCUGUAGGCAUCCAGGUUUACAAAUAUGUGGAACUAGAGUUCGAUCUUGGACAGAAGAUGGUAUUGUAUCCCAGAACAACCCCCUCCCACCCAUCUCCAUGACUUAAAACAGCCUCUGCCAACCUGGUGCCCUCCAGAUGCUGUUGGACUACGUCUCUCAUCCGUCCCAGCCAGCAUGUUGUUGUUGUUGUUGUUGUUGUUUAGUCGUGUCCGACUCUUCAUGACCCCAUGGACCAGAGCACGCCAGGCACUCCUGUCUUCCACUCCCUCCCGCAGUUGGGUCAAACUCAUGUUGGUAGCCUCAAGAACACUGUCCAGCCAUCUUGUCCUCUGUCGUCCCCUUCUCCUUGUGCCCUCCAUCUUUCCCAACAUCAGGGUCUUUUCCAGGGAGUCUUCUCUUCUCAUGAGGUGGCCAAAGUCUUGGAGCCUCAGCUUCAGGAUCUGUCCUUCCAGUGAGCACUCAGAGCUGAUUUCCUUAAGAAUGGAUAGGAUCUUCUUGCAGUCCAUGGGACUCUCAAGAGUCUCCUCCAGCACCAGAAUUCAAAAGCAUCAAUUCUUCGGCGAUCAGCCUUCUUUAUGGUCCAGCUCUCACUUCCAUACAUCACUACUGGGAAAACCAUAGCUUGAACUAUACGGACCUUUGUUGGCAAGGUGACACCUCCAGAGGCCUUUGUCUGCACCUGGAGCCUCCCUGGCAAGUUUCAUGGGAGCAAAAGGUCCCCGACUUCCCUGUGACCUGAAAGGGCAACCAGGUGUUCUGACCCAGUCCUCUCCUCCUGUCCUGGUUUCUCCAAGACCUUGUUAUCUCUGUACGCACGUACACUCCUCUCACUCAGCUGCUGUGUUUCAGCCUCAAACAGCGUGAGGGACCAGAGUUCCUUCUGCUAUGAUCAUCCUUUGUCUUUCUGCAGGGGGAAAACAAUUUGAAGCGAUGUCAGGGGGAGGCUGAGCAGGUGACAGAGAUCAUGCUGGAGAACUACAACAAAGUGCUGGAGCGUGAGGGCAAGCUCAGCGAGCUGGAUAAAAGGGCAGAUGAACUUCGCAACCAGGUACAGCAAGGGGGCGGGCGGGAGGGAGGGAGCAGCUCCUUUGCACAAGGCACUUCUGGGGGUGGUAGGCUUUUGCACACCCCACAAGUGAUGGGUGGACCCUUGUUUGCAGUAGAUUGUCGUCAGCAUUUCAUCCAGAGUCCUUGAGACAGCAGGAGAAUCAUGUGGUCUUCCCCUCCAAAAUGGUUCCCUUCUUCCAGUUUUCUUUUUUAUUAAAUAUCCCAGCCUAACCCAGAAGCUGGUGUUGAGGUAAUGCAUGCAAAAUAUCAGCCAAAUAAGCUAAUGAGUUCUAAUCCCAGACUACUACUUGUAAAGAAGGUGAUAAACAAGUCAUGUUAACAAAAAGGUUUUACAAUGUGAGGGGAGUCCUCUGUUUUUGUUUUCAGCCGUGUACGUAAUAAAAAUGUGUCUUUCAAUUACAAAGGAGUCUUUGUGCGUCAGGCUUUGUGCCAAUUUUCUUUUAUUAUUUACUUAUUCUGCAAGAGCUAUUUGCCAUACUUUGUUGUACCAACUUGCCAGAGACUCACCCUCAAAAUCCUUCCAGGAUCUUGUUAUUAUGAGCUUUGCUGCUAGUAGAAGAGCACCUAUUAAACUAAAGUUCAAGCUGUAAGUUAAUAUUAUCUCCCAUGAAAAGAAGGAGGAGCACCAGCUCCAGCAAUUUACAGACAUUUUGUCUAGUAAUUGCUGUUAUUAGGACAAAAUAGUUCAUUUCUACUGCCCCUCGCAGUCACAGUCCAAGAGGCCCAAGUUGAUUUGGGCUUCCCCCUCCCUGGCAGAGCUUAAAGCAGGGGUCAGCAAACUUUUUCAGCAGGGAGCCGGUCCACCGUCCCUCAGACCUUGUGGGAGGGGGCCCAGACUAUAUUUUUUUGGGGAGGGGGAAUGAAUGAAUUCCUAUGCCCCACAAAUAACCCAGAGGUGCAUUUUAAAUAAAAGAGCACAUUCUACUCAUGUAAAAACAUGUUGAUUCCUGGACCGUCCGUGGGCUGGAUUUAGAAGGCGAUUGGGCUGGAUCCAGCCCCCGGGUCUUAGUUUGCCUACCCAUGGCUUAAAGUAAGAUGUGGGGAGAUAGCAGGAUCCUGUGGAUUGCUGUGAUGGCCUGGGGCUGUUUUCUUAAAGUAAAGAAUGGGAAAGGAAUGAUGGGGCAGCAGUGCUGGCCAGGACUGGUAGGAGUUGUAAUCCAAAACACUGUCGGAUACCUGGUUCGCGAAGGCUAGGAACAUAAGAAGAACAGGCUGGACUGGUCCAGAUGCCUAUCCAGUCUAGCAUCCUGUUCCCAUAGUGGCCAAACAGACACCUCUUCUGGGAAACGAGCAAACAGGACCUGCGCACAAGAGCACUUUCCCCUCCUGCUGUUUCCAGCAGUUGGGAUUCAGAAGCAUCUCGGCCAGGUAUUCGCCUUCUCCUCCAAGAAUUUUUCUAAUCCUCUUUUAAAGUCAGUCAAGUUGGUGACCAUCAGUUCAGUGGCUUACCUGUGCACUGCAGGAAGAAGUGCUUUAUUUUAUCUGUCCUGAAUCUCCCAACCUUCGGCUUCAUAGGAUGUCUGUGAGUUCUAACAUUAUGAAAGAGGAAGCAAAACUUUUCUCUGCUCACUUUCUCCAGGCUCUGCAUCAUUUUAUACGCUUCUAUCAUGUCACCUCUUCCACACCUUGUCUCUAAACCAGGGGUUGUCAACCUGGUCCAUACCGCCCCCUAGUGGGCAUUUCAGGAUUCUAGGUGGGUGGUAGGGGGUUCUAUUGCUCCUUCCAUCGAGCACUGUCAAGAAAGAUGCAUUAGUGGAUGGCAGGUAUAAAAAGGUUGACUACUCCUUCUCUAAACUAUAAAGUCCCAAAUGUUGCAACCUUUCCUCAGGAUCGUAGAAAACAUGGAAAUUCUGCCCACUGAGCUGCUGAUAGCAAAUCCAGAUCAAUCUUUUCUUCUGGUUUAUGACAUUUCAACAGAAACAGCAGGGAGCAUGUGGAUUCCAUGCUUUAAAAAAAUAACAUAUUGUACCAGGCAAUCAAAACCCUUCCCAGUAAUUCCACAUUGUGUAAAUUUAGUCCAUUUCCAUCUUAUUGCCUUCCUUCCUACCUACCUAGUUAACACUUGCAUCCUGCUUCUCAAGGCAGCUUCCCCCAAAAUUACUUAUAAAAUACAAUUUAAUAAGACAGUGUCAAUAAGGCAGUAUAAUCAGAGCACUGGGCUUUUGUACGAUGAAGGUUUUGCAUCCUUUUAAAAAAGCUGUUCCAAGAGAUGAGCUCUGAAAUUAAAUAGUUUUCCCACCCCCUCUUUUAAACUACUUUUCAUGACUUAUUCCGCACGCACACCCCAUAUUCACACAUAAUACUAAAGGUGAGCUUGUGGGACAUUGGUGGAGACUUUAAUUCUUCCUUGUGGCAAAUGUCUAUUGUCUCUUACAAAUGCCUCAUUUUAUAUUUUCCCAGCCAGGCUUUGCAAAUGAAAGUGAUUCCAGGAGGAGUUGGGUGGUGGGAGAAAGCAUUUACAGGGGAAAGGUUGGGGGGUGCUUCUCCCAAAACUGCCUCCUGCCCUUCCUGUGACCUCAACAAGUGUGAAGGCAGGGCCAUUUGUUUGCUGAGAUGACAUCUUGUUACGCCCUCUAGAAGCUAAACUCUAUGCCCUAUCCCUCUCUGUCCUGCACCUUCUGAAGCCCGCCUUUACUGUCUUCAGUUCCUUUAGUUCCUUUCAACCAAAGCUGAAGUGCUCCAAGCCCUGCACCCCUCGCCCAGUGCCAGAUCCAAAUCCCGUGUCUGCAGCAGUUUCAGAACUGCAUAACCUUUCCUUGGCCUCAGCUUUCCCUGGACAGUGUCACUCCCUACAGUGGGAACCAUCUGUGAGCACCAGAUACUGCAGCAUGGCUAAGCCUAAACUGAUUGUGGGGUGUGUGGCUCUAAUUAAUAGUUUGGGUUGGAGAGCCUCCAAAAAGGGUGGGAUAUUAACAAUCCUGUAUGCCUAUGAAUAAGAGAGGCUGCAUAUCUUCUCUGUUUCCUCCUAGAGUGUUGCCUUCUCCAAGACAACAGGCACAGUGGCUCGGCAGAUGCGCUGGAAGAACAUGAAAUGGAAGGUCAUCCUUGGGGGCGUGGUCGCAGGAGUCCUCAUCCUCAUCCUGGCUAUAGUUCUUUACUUCACCCUCCCCAGUUCUGAAAACAAAGGGUGA